ACGCGUGUACGCGCAGCAGCAGCACGUGCACAGCAGCAAAAAUGGCGACUCAAGCAGCAGAAGUCAUAUUCGCGCAGAAACUCGCGGCCAACGAGAAAAGCGUGAGGAGCAAAGCCCUGCUGAAGCUCAGGAAAUACAUCCGCAUCCGCUCCGAGAGAGCGCCAGGAGGCUUCAGUGAGGAGGAGCUGCUGAAGAUCUGGAAGGGUCUCUUCUACUGUCUGUGGAUGCAGGAUCUGCCUCUGCUGCAGGAGGAGCUGUCCACCAAGAUCUCAGCGCUGCUCUUCAGCUUUCGCACCGUUGACAGUCAGUUUCUGUUCUUCAAGACGUUCCUGCAGACCAUGAAGAGGGAGUGGAACGGCAUCGACAGACUGAGACUGGACAAAUUCUACCAGCUCGUGCGCUUCGUCUUCCGCCAAAUGUUUGAGAUGCUGAAGAAGCAGGAGUGGGAGCCCAGUGUGUUGCAGGAGUUCCUCCAACUGUUCUCAGAUCAGCUCCUGCAGAGCUCCAGCGCAGCUCCAUCAGGACUCAUAAUGCACAUCAUGGAGCUCUACAUGACGGAGCUGGCUGCAGUCGGAGCCGCAGAG